CUUUUAACUGUAAUUUAACUGUAACUUAAAAUCAAUGUCUUUAAUGGCUUUAAAAAUUGAAUAUUUUUGGUAUUUUACCAUUUCAUGAAGGAAGGACACUAUAUAUUAAUAUUUUUUUAGGUUUAAUUGCAACUAUUGCUCAUGAUUGUGCUUUUGGUAUGCAGAUUAAAAACUGACAGCCAUGGAGAACAUAUCCGAGAUCACUUUAGUUCUGAGUGCGUUUGAAGAUGUUGGAUCCAUUCGAUAUUUUUACUUUUGUCUGAUUCUAAUUUUGUACUGCUCAAUUAUAUUGGCAAAUUUGCUACUCAUUGUGGUCAUAUGCACUGACAGCAGUCUUCAAGAGCCCAUGUAUUUACUCCUGUGCAAUUUGGCUGUGACUGAACUCUAUGGAAGCACUGCCUUAUACCCAUCACUGCUCGUGAACAUGCUGUCAAACAUCCAUGAAGUUUCCAAGAUUUUCUGCUUCAUACAGAUCUUCUGCCUGUUCACCUAUGGGUCGAUAGAAUUUUCCAGCUUAUCCGUGAUGGCUUACGACAGAUACGUGUCCAUCUGUCAUCCACUGCAGUAUCACAGUAUCAUGACUCCAACCAAAGUGUACAUAUUCAUUUUUUUAAUCUGGUUUUGCUGCAGCCUGAAAGUGUCUGUCACCCUUGGCCUGAGCGCACGGCUGCCUCUCUGUGGAAACACCAUUUAUAAAGUGUACUGUGACAAUUACUCGAUUGUCAAGCUGUCUUGUGCUGAUACAACGGCAAAUAACGUCUACGGUCUGUGCAGUCUGUUCUUCACGGUUGUUAUUCCGCUGUUUCUCAUCGUUUACUCGUAUUUUAAAAUUUUCACAAUUUGUCUGAAAUCGUCCAGAGAGUCUCAGAUGAAGGCUCUGACGACCUGCGCUCCGCAUUUGGCUUCCCUGAUAAAUUUUUCAAUCGGCUGUUUGUUUGAAAUUCUCCAAAGCAGGUUCGAAAUGAUGCCUAUCCCAUCUGCAGUUCGAGUAACUUUGUCAGUGUACUUCUUGAUGAUUUGUCCUAUCUUCAAUCCUAUUAUCUAUGGAGUGAGAACCACAAAAAUAAGAGCAGUGGUCAAAAAGUUAAUUUCUAGGUGGUUAAAUUUACUGUGAAGGCGGUGGCACAGUGAUGCAGUGGGUAGCACUGUCGCCCCACAGCAAGGUCCUGGGCUCAAAUCCCAGCCAGGGCCUUUCCGUGUGGAGUUUGCAUGUUCUCCCAAUGUCAGCGUGGGUUUCCUCUGGGUACUCUGGUUUCCUCCCACAGUCCAAAAACAUGCAGGUCAGCUAAUUGGAGUCUCUAAAUUGUCCAUGGGUAUGAGUAUGUGUGGAAUGGUGUGCCCUGCAAUAGAUUGGGAACCUGUUCAGGGCGUAUUCCUGCCUCUCACCCAAUGCACGCUGGGAUAGGCUCCAGCACCCCCUGUGACCCUGACCAGAAUAAGCGGGUAUAGAUAAUGGAUGGAAAUUUACUGUGAACACUUUCAUAUUAUACUCCAAUAAGGACAAUAUAUAUUUUUUUAAACUUGGAUGAAAUUCCCCAUUAACUGUUCUGUGAUGUACUGCUUUGGUCUUAGAUUUAUAAUCAUGGUGAAAAUCCAUUUACUGUACUGUAC